AUGCGGCUCUGCAGCAUCACCAUCCUGCUGGGCGCCGCCCUCCUCCUGCCUGCCCCCGGGGGCACCCAGGCUCUGAGCAACACCAGACAUCAGGACCUGAACGUGGAGCAGGAUUUGGCCAAGGAAAUCAUCCUGGGCAUACGAGCCGUGGAGCUGUCGGAGAAGGGCGAGAUCACCGAAGAGGUGAAACCAGGUAUAAAGGUCUUCUCCAGCAGCGCCUGGGCUCGAUGGGGCCCCCGCCAAGCCCAGGUGGGACCAGAGGAGGACCGCGACCACCUCCACCACCCCCAGGAUGAUGCCAGGGAGGCCGAUGCCCGUGGGCCACCCCAGAUGCUUUCCCUGGAAGUGCAGAGCGGCCCGGAGGAGGACCGUGACCAUCUCCACCACAGCUGA